UUGACAGAACCAGCCCUACAUGGUUUAAAUUUUUAACUGAUCUCUCCCAUGUCAUCCCGACGAUUCUCGCAGAAGGAUGGGUUCAUGCAUGGCCGACAUACUGCGACAUUCCCGAUCAUUUUAAGGAACGCUGGUUUCUUCAACUAGCUGUAAGGCCCGACAUUUGUCCAUAUAUAUUAAUAUAUAACAACCGUCUGUAAUCAUUGUAAUUUUUUUUUGGUUGUAGCGGACAAACACAUGGGAUCGAAGGCAUCAUUUGACAGUUUGGCAUCAUUUUAAUUGUGUGGCCAGAAGUCUAUUUUGUUAGGUGGACUUGGUCGAAGGGAGGGGAGAAGCCAAAUUGGAUGCUAACCAACGUUUUGCGUGAUCUCUGCCGCAUGUUUGAAGAGUUUUGUCCAAAUAAUUUUGGUUCCUGAAAGUCAUUUCGUGUCUGUAUUUUGAACUUCAUUAUUUAUGUUUCUGAAUGUAAUCUCGGCCACAUAUUUAAUAUAAUUCAGCCGUAACUUGCUUUAAUAACUCAGCCAUAAUUGUAUUUUGAAACGCAUUGUUCUGUUUCUGAAUGUAAUCUCGGCCACAUAUAUAAUAUAAUUAAGCUAUAACUCAGCCAUCAUAUUAUUUUAAUAAGUCAGACAUAUCGUAUUUAAAUAGCUCAGUCAUCAUUGUAUUUUAAUAAGUCAGACAUAUCGUAUUUAAAUAACUAAUUCGUAAUUUAUUUAAAAUAACCCAGCAUCAUUUUAAUUUUAAGAGGCGGUAUAUGGGAAGUUUCUUCAUUAUGCGUGUUGGAAAAUUUAGCUCCCAUGAUAAUAUCGAGACUCAUUAUUACGAGUUUUUAAAUAUAUGGCUGGCACGCAUGCAUAUAUUUACAAUUUCGAGACACUGAUAUUAUAUAGUAUAAUAUAUUCCAUAUAUAUCAAAAGAGAAACAUUACGACAUUUUAGGUAGCCAUGUACAUCACCAUAAUAUGAUCCUUAAAAUCUCUCGAGAAAAAUGUUAGUCCAGCUAAAUAUAUAAUAAACUUUUUAUCAAACUACACAUAAAUUAAUUAUUAAUAUUUUCAUUCUUUCCAUAAAUAAAAAUUACGAAAUUACCUAAUAUGGCUAAAGUAUAUAUGAAAAUUAAUGAUUUUGAAUAAUAAAGAUUAGAUAAAUUAGUGUAUCCUCUAUAAAUUUUUUUCAAUUUUAACAUAUUAAAAUAAAUUAAACAACCACAUUAACCAUAUAAUAUAAAUUUAGAUUUUCCGUAUAUGUUAUAUUUUAAAUUUUCAAAAACGACUAUAAAUCACUAAAAUUGUUAAAAGUCUCACAUUGAAAUUUUUAUGAACCAUAUGGUUUAAAAUAUUUGUUAUGACAAGAUAAAAAUGAUUAUAAAAUCAUAUAAGUAUGAAGACUCAUUUAAUAAAUAUUAAGAUUAAAUAAAUAUAUAUAUAUAUAUAUAUUAAUAUUGUUUAAAUUAACUAUAUACCAUAUAAAAUACAUAAAUAUUUUAAUUUUGAAAAUUUCUUUGAACAAUAUUUUUUUAUAAAAGUUUUGAAGAAACAUUGACAAUUUAAUAGUUAAAUUUUAAACUUUGCAUUGAAUUUGUUUAUAAAUUAUAAAUUACAAAAACUAUUAAACAUCCCACAAUGAAUUUUUUUGCUAUCAGUGAUUCAAAGUUUUUGUCAUGAAAAAAAUACAAAUGAUCAAAAAAUGAGUAGAAAAAAUUAUUUAAUAAAUAUUAAUAUUAUACAAAUAUUAAAUAUCUUUGUUAAUAUCAUUUAAAUUUAAUUAUAGACCAUAUAAAUAAAAAGUGUUUGUUUGGAUCAAUAAAAUGAGAAUUUAUUACCACCACUAAAGCGACAUUUUCAAAAAUAUCUUAUUCAUUAAGUGGCAAAAGACUCUUAUACCCUUGUUAUAUAUAUAUAAUAAAUCAUUAUUUAAAAAAUAAAAAAAUAAAAAAUAAAAAUAAUAUUAUUUUUUAUGUUUUCUAAUUAUACUUUUUCAAAUUCGAACUCUUUUAUAAUUUUUUUUUUUAUUUUGUUUUUGAAAUUUGUUUUUAUUUUUUUUCAAAAUUUGUUUUUGAAAAAAUGGAAAACUAUGUUUAAACUAUUUUUUUCAUUUUUUUUAUAUUUUAUAAGUAAUUAUUUAUAUAUUUAUUAGAAUUUUAAAUUUCACAUUUCAAAGCCUUACGCACCCCUCAACUCUAAGUCCUAAGUUUAGAUUAGUUAACCCUAGGGGUAUAGGUGUCUUUUACCUUUCAUUAAAAGCGAUGGUAAAAGUGAUUAGUGUAAAUAUGAAAAGUGAUACUAUGAAUGUAGUAUUUGUGGCAAUCUCCCUUUAUAAAAUUUAUUUAUGUGUUCACAUUAAUUUAAAAAUAUACGAAAUAGUUAUUGAAUUUAUAAUAUUUAAUAUAUAUUUAUUAUUUCAUAAUAUGUAAAAUAAUGAAUAUAAUAUGUAAAAAUAAUUUAUAUAUAAUGUUCAUUUUGCGCAAGACGCAAAGUAUAACCUGGUUUCUAUAGUAUCUCUGAAAGUUGAAUUAAGUUUCAUUAUAUAAAACUUGGUUCGACCGUUGACCAUACCUAGUUUCUAUAGUAUAUCUAAAAAUUGAAUUCAGUUUCAUUAUAUAAAACUUGGUUCAACUGGAGACCAGUCUGGAAAUAAAAGGAAAGAAUAAGAAGUAAAUUUAAAAGAAUAAAAAUGCAGGAACGAAAAAGAAUGAUUGUUUCAUCUGAAAUUUAACAAAGAAUAAUUUAGUUCUUUAUUUUUUUUUACAGAAAAAAAUGGCAGGAAAAAUCAUUCUUUGUGAAUGAUGUUUUUUUUUUUUUAAAACGUUAGGGAAUGCAUUAUUCCUUGUCAUUCUUUGGUCACUAUUUACAUCCUUGUAUUGUGAGAUAUCAAACUAAGUCUCAUAUUAGAGAAUUAGAUAAAUAUUGUCUAAUAUAUAAAAAGAUGUUCAAUUUUAACUAGUACGAGACCUUUUAGAAAUGAACCAAAAAAUAAAUUUAUGCGGACCAACCAGUUAGACCAAAAAUGGACAAUAUCCUAUUAAUAUGAUAAUAAAUAGUUGGACAUGGGCUCACAUGUAUUACAUAGAAGAAAAAGAAGUAAAUUAUUAGUUAAUUUGUUCGGAUUUACCCUUCGUGCUACGUCUAUUUAACCAAACGUUGUGGUAGCCUUCAUGGAAACUACUCACAAGCCAAAAUUCAAAGUUACUAACUAAAACUUGGCAUAUACUUUAGAAAGCCAAAUUACUAUUUUCCUUAACUUCUCAAACACCCAAGAAAACAUUUUCAGUUAUAUCCUAAAACCCACCCCAAAACCCUCUUUUCCUCAAAAUGGCCCCAGAGAUUUCCGUAAACACGCUCAGUAUAUCCGAGAAGGUACAUCUAGCACCUUCAAAGAGAGCUUACGUGACGUUUUUGGCAGGUGAUGGGGACUACGUGAAGGGAGUCGUGGGAUUAGCAAAGGGUUUGCGUAAGGUCAAAAGUGCUUACCCUCUUGUUGUUGCUAUGUUACCUGAUGUGCCUGAGGAACAUAGGGAGAUCUUGAGGUCUCAAGGCUGUGUCCUACGUGAGAUUGAUCCUGUUCAUCCUCCAGACAACCAAGUUGAGUUUGCUAUGGCGUAUUAUGUUCUCAAUUACUCAAAGUUGCGUAUUUGGAAUUUUGAAGAGUACAGCAAGAUGAUGUAUCUGGAUGCAGAUAUUCAAGUCUUUGACAAUAUUGAUAACCUCUUUGAUUUGCCUGAUGGGUAUUUCCAUGCCGUGAUGGAUUGUUUUUGUGAGAAAACAUGGAGCCACUCGCCGCAGUAUUCCAUUGGGUAUUGUCAACAGUGCCCGGAGAAGGUCACGUGGCCGGAAGAUAUGGAAUCUCCACCACCCCCUCUGUAUUUCAACGCUGGUAUGUUUUUGUUUGAGCCUAGCCCCUUGACUUACGAGAGCCUCCUUCAAACCCUAGAGACCACACCACCUUCACCGUUUGCAGAACAAGAUUUUCUCAAUAUGUUUUUUGAGAAAGUGUACAAACCGAUCCCUCUGGUUUACAAUCUUGUUCUUGCUAUGCUUUGGCGUCACCCUGAGAACGUGGAUCUGGAGAAAGUUAAGGUUGUCCACUACUGUGCAGCUGGAUCCAAACCAUGGAGGUACACAGGAGAAGAAGCUAACAUGGACAGAGAAGACAUCAAGAUGUUAGUUGAUAAAUGGUGGGAUGUAUAUAACGAUGAAUCACUCGAUUUCAAGUCGAAAAUCCCUGUAGAUGUGGAAGAGACCGUUACAAAAUCGACCAUCCUAGCUUCGGUACUCGAACCGGAAAUGACCUACAUUCCUGCACCUUCCGCUGCUUGAGAUGGUCUAGAAAUAAAGUGCAAAAAGACUUGGCAUGUUCCUCUAUCUAUUUUCCUUUGAUAUAUAUGUAUACAUAGUUUGAAAUAGUAUAAGCAGAAAUAGAAACCCUUGCGCAUUGAAAUUACAGUUCUCAGGUUCCCUUUCUCGACCCGAGAGGUUAUGAAAUAGUAUAUGCUAGUGUGUAAGGUGUUACCUAUAAGGAAUUGGAGUAUUUGUAUUGCUAUAUCUAUGUGAAGCUUUGCUAAAGAUAUAUUUACUAUUGGUGUGUUCUAAUUUCUA